CAAUUUCUCAGCACGCAAUCUCAAAAACAAUGACGAUACUGAUGGUGGCGUUGGCUCUAGCGGCGGCAGGUCUCUUCUUCCGAUGGUGUGAACACGGUCGCAACCGCCGCCUGCCUCCCGGUUCCAUGGGGUGGCCUUACAUCGGAGAAACCCUGAAACUCUACACAGAAAAUCCCAACUCCUUCUUCUCCACCCGCCGCAAAAGGUAUGGUAAAAUAUUCAAGAGCCACAUAUUGGGGUGCCCCUGCGUAAUGAUAUCGAGCCCAGAAGCAGCCAAGAUGGUUUUGGCGAGCAAAGCUCAUCUGUUCAAGCCAACCUACCCACAGAGUAAAGAGAGACUGAUAGGACCGGCGGCGCUCUUCUUCCACCAAGGCCACUACCACUCUCUGCUCAAGAGAUUGGUCGCCGCCUCAUUCUCUCCCUCCGCCAUCCGAGGCUCCGUCGCCUCCGUCCAGACCAUCGCUCUCAAGCUUCUCUCCAGCUGGGAACAUGCCACCAGCCCCAUAUGCACAUUGCUACAGAUGAAAAAGUAUGCGUUUGAGGUGGCGAUGAUGUCGGUGUUGGGAGGGGAGGCGGAGGUGGAAACGGAAGGGAUAAGGUGUUUGUAUGGGGAAUUGGAGAAAGGGUACAACUCGAUGGCGGUGGAUAUUCCGGGAAGUCGGUUUUACAAAGCGAUGAAGGUGAGGAAAGCGUUGAAUGAGAGGUUGAUGAAGAUAAUUGAGAGGAGAAGAGGAAAAGGAGGGGGAGGUGGAUUGCUGGGGAAUAUGCUGAGAGUGGAGGCGGGUGAAUUGACUGAUUCUCAAAUAGCUGACAACAUAAUUGGAGUCAUUUUUGCAGCUCACGAUACCACAGCCACUGUGCUGACGUGGCUGCUCAAGUAUUUGCACGACAAUCCCAAUCUCCUCCAAGCUGUUGCGGCGGAGCAAGAGGGAAUUGCACGCAAACUACAACUAGAGGGAGAGCGGGGGCUUACUUGGGAUGACACCCGAGACAUGUCGCUCACUGCCAGGGUGAUACAAGAAACGCUUAGAAGUGCAAGUAUAGUUUCAUUCACAUUCAGAGAGGCGGUAGAAGAUGUGGAGUUGGAAGGGUAUGUCAUCCCCAAAGGAUGGAAAGUUCUUCCUCUAUUCAGAAGCAUCCACCACACUUCAGAUUUCUUUCCCCGCCCACAUAAAUUCGAUCCUUCUAGAUUUGAGGUAUCUCCUAGGCCAUACACAUACAUGCCCUUCGGAAAUGGGCUACAUUCUUGUCCCGGCAGUGAGUUUGCUAAGCUUGAGAUGCUAGUCCUCCUCCACCACCUCAUUACUACUUACAGGUACUCACUUGCAUCUUUGUUUCGUUUUACACAUCUAUAUAUGCUCCAGGUAGAUAUGAACCGACACACCUCACUUCCUGGAGUAAAAAUUCAGUGGUCCAGACAUAUUGUCACAUGGUGCGUCCAACCAAUUACAAUUAUAGAAAGAGAGAAAAGAAGUGGUUUAUGCACUUAUGAAAUUGGUUGGACACACCAUGUGCCAAUAACAAUAUGUGUGGGUCACUGGCACUGGUGGGGCCAGGGCCCUUGGGCCCCUCACCCAUUUGUAUUUUACGUAUAUAUAUUAUAUGUAUACGUCAACAAGAAUUUGAUGCUACAGCCCAGCUGGCCUAGAGAGUGGACUAGCAACGAAAUGAAUUCAAGUUCGACUCCCAGGACUUGUUUUUAAUGUUUUAUUUUUCUAUGCCUCCUUGGAUAUUCUCUUAAAUUCCAUUUAUGCUCUAUUUGGAUUUUCUAA